AUGGGGUGGUGGGCAGUAUGGCUAAUCGCCGUUUGCUUUACCGUCAGCAACGUUCCCGACGCCAAGAUCAAGACAGAUGCCUUAUUCGCUUAUGAGUUCUUUUCCCUUCUCUGGGUUAACGCAUUUGUCAUAGCUUUCGGGCAGAUGAUCAUUGCUGGUGCCGUUGGUGUGUGGUAUUUUACGCCCAACGAUGCUAAGGGCUCACUCGGGACUAAACCUCUCCGAACCGGCAUCAAGAAUGCCGUUAUCUAUCAUCAGGGGACCUUAGCAUUUGGGAGCUUCGUUUUGGCAAUCGUUCAGUUCAUAAAGUGGUGGCUGAGAUAUCUCGCGAAGCAAGCUAAAUUGCAACACAAUAAAGUUAUGACGGUUCUGUUCAAAAUUCUCAGCUACUGUGUGGCUUGCUUUGAGAAAUGCAUAAAGUUCCUCAACAAGAAUGCCUACAUUCAGACGGCUUUACUAGGCACUAAAUUCUGUACAAGUGCCAAGAAUGCUUUCUUCUUAAUCCUCCGUAACGCCGCACGCAUCGGCGUCCUCGGCGCGAUCGGAAAUGCAGUGCGACUAUUUGGGUAUCUGUUCAUAAUGGGUAAGCUCGGCGCUACUGCCGCGGCUGGUUAUUUCAUCACGUUAGAAAUGUACGAUGGUGAAAUCAACAGCCCAGUGGUGCCCAUCAUCAUUUUUGUCGUGGUUGGGUAUGUUGUGGGCAAGUUGAUAACGAACGUCUUUGGUCUGGCCGUUGAUUCUAUGUUGCAAUGCUUCGUGGCUGACGAGGAGUUGAACAAGGCCUCGGGUGGAGCACAGUGCACGCCUCCAUUGCUCAAGAAAUUCCUUGAUAAGAAUAGCAAAAGAUGA